AUGGCCACCCAAUUAAUUGCAACUGCAUUGGCAGCCAUGUGUAACAAUAACAUCCUGGUUGAGGAUUACACCCUGUUUGUGGAUCCCUGGGAUGGCAAUGAUUAUGCCAUCCUGAAAUCGGUUGUGAUGGGAAUUGAUGUAGGCAGUUUUGAUGUCAAAACCCUGAAGUGGCCCGGGCAGGCUGCGUUUAAAGAUGGGACAAACCACAUACAGUGGUUUGUCAUACCAGCACUGGGAGCUUACAUGAAAGCAAAGAAGGUCACAGCAUUGCUCACAUUGAAGGAUGGCUGGAAUGUCAAUGACAUGCUGACACAGUUGGACAAUGACCAUGCAUAUUUGACUAGCUUUUUAGGUGCUGACAACAAAGCGCAUCCAAUGUUCACAUUCUUGAACUGA